AAAAUACUGUUCGGUGGUAUUUAUUCAUUUGACAUUGUAAUGGAAAAGGCACAUAUACUCGCCAUACCGUUCAAUAAAAAAUGUUUAUAUUUUCAACAUCACUUAUUUUACUUGUUUACACCUAUUCUUUUAUGUUCCAAAAGAGUAAUAAAUAAUAAGAGCUAGUGGGAAUACCUCAAAAAACCGAUAACAGGGUUGUCACCUUUAACUACAAUUGCUAUAAUAGGCUUGGUGUUUUGCAGAAACUUGCAGCUGGUCACACCAAUGUGGCAUUGUUUUGUUUUGUUUACAAUUUGAAAUUGCUAACAAAUUAUUUCGAUGGAGGAUUCAGAAGCCGCAUUUAAACGCCACGAGAGUAUUGGGCCAAAGGUGAAACAGGCCUACGAGGAAGCCAUUAAACAAAUCUUUGCCGACUUGAGCUGCUCAGAUAUGCAAGCGUGGGAUGCCAUUUACCAGGAGCACGAGCAAUCGGCUCUGGACACCCAAAGCAUCGUAGAUCGCACUCGCAGUCUGAUGACCAAGGUUGUGCUCGAAAUGAACCGAUGCUUCUUCGCCAGCAACGAUGUGCCAAAUAAGCUGCAAACUUUGGAAAUGCUCAAGGAACAUUUCGCUGGCUACGAGGGCAAGAAAUGGAACCUGAACACUGCAGCCCCCGACGAACUCACUCGGCCGUUGCGCAUGCGAUUUUUGGACUUCAGCCUGGAAUUCAUGGAGCAGCAACUGGCCUCUCAGGCAAAAGAACUUGAGAUUGCUAUGGCCAAGAGCAAUGCCAAUCGCGAGCGACUCCAACAUAUCCAUGACCAGCGACUGAAAUUGAGUGCCCAAAUGGAGCAGCAAUUGUCGCAGUACGAGAAAGUAAAGCCAGAACUUAUUAAGCUAGACGAAACAAUGAUUGAUUUUUGACAAACUUAAAUGCAAUAAAUUAAUAAAAUACUACGCUUUAAGUUUA